AUUAACAAACGUCGAGAUGGCAAAGUCUAAGAACCACACAACUCACAACCAGUCUCGUAAAUGGCACAGGAAUGGCAUCAAGAAGCCCAAGUCCAAUCGCUAUGAGUCAUUGAAGGGGGUGGACCCUAAAUUUCUGAGGAAUAUGCGGUUUGCCAAGAAACACAACAAAAAGGGCUUGAAGGCAGCAAGGAAGGCAGCUGUGCAGCAGAAAUAAACUGUUUUUCUUUGAUUGUUUCACAUUGUCUCACUAUCAAAACAAUAAAAACAAUGUUUUGGUAACAAACCAACACCUGA